CCUUUGGGGUUUAAUUCCCUUGGAUUUGGGGGAGCCUUUGGGGUUUAAUUCCCUUGGAUUUGGGGGAGCCUUUGGGGUUUACUUCCCUUGGAUUUGGGGAUUCCUUUGGGGUUUGCUUCCCUUGGAUUUGGGGAUUCCUUUGGGGUUUAAUUCCCUUGGAUCUGGGAGUGCCUUUGGGGUUUGGUUUGCUUGGAUCUGGGGAUUCCUUUGGGGUUUAAUUCCCUUGGAUCUGGGGAUUCCUUUGGGGUUUAAUUCCCUUGGAUUUGGGGAUUCCUUUGGGGUUUAAUUCCCUUGGAUUGGGGGAGCCUUUGGGGUUUGAUUCCCUUGGAUUUGGGGGAGCCUUUGGGGUUUGCUGUGUGAGGAGGGAGCUCCAGGCCCUGCUCUGGUGGGGAGGGACUGCCAGACAUGUCCUGUGUCCCUUCCCAAGGACCUGGAGCAGCUUUCCCAACCCUCUGGAGGCUCCUGGGUGAGGGAGAGGUGGGGACAGAGCUCUGCAGUGGCUCUCCCCUGUGUCCCUUGGCUGUGUGUCCCACUCAGGACAUUCCACACCUGUCUUUCCUCCUUUUCCCAAGCCUGAUCUUCCUCCUCUGCUCCAGUCCCUCCCUCCACCCAGGCACUUGGUGAUCCUCAGGCUCUGGAGCUCUUUCCCAAAGCUCCUUUUUGCUUUUAUCCCGUGGAUUUGGCUUAAAAAACUCCCAGUCCUGGCAGGCUGGGCAUCCAUCUGGGAGGUGGGAGGCAGGAAAGGAUUCCUGGGGGGAAAAGCAGAGGCUGGGAAGUGGCAGCUUGGGCCCAGGGUGGGGGUUUGGAGCAGGUUGAGCAACGUGUUUGAGCAACUCAGGGUGGGUUUGUUGUGUAAGGGGAAAGAGGGAAGGGGGGGAGCAAUAAGAAAAAAAAGGGGAAAGUGAAGAUCUGAGCUUAGGAGAAAAUGUCACUUCCUCAAAUCUGUCUGGAAUACUGAAUUUUUGGGGAAAAAGGAGAUUUGUGUUGGGCAGGGUGAGGUUCUGAACUUGGGACACCUGGCCAGCCCCAGCCCAGCUCUGGACCCUCAGCUUCAGCUCCUGGGGGGUUUUCCUUUCCCAGCAGGGCCACUGUCCCCUGUCCUGGGCAGGAGGGACCUGGGGACACCCUCAGGCCUUUCUGAACCCCCAACCCAGAUCUGCUGCUGACCCAUGGGAUGAGGGGAAAAGGGGCUGGAAGAAUCCUGGGAAAUGGGGGAAUUGAUCCUGGCAGAGGUGACAGCAGUGACAGCCCAGCCAGCCUCCUCGUGUGUGGCCCCCAGUUGGAUUCAGCUGCUGCUCCAGCCUUGCCAGAGCCGGGAUUUGAGGGCAGGGAUCCCAAAUUUUGUGCUGAGGCUCCAAGUGGGGCUCUCCUUGUGUUCACCUUGGCACCCCCUGAGCCCGGGAGCUGUGGGGGGGUGGCUCUGCCAAGGGUUGUCCCCAUCCCUGUCCCUGGCAGGAGCGGAGCCAGGAGGGGCUCAGGGGCUUCAGGAGCAGCCGGAGCUCCAGCUGGAACUGAAGGGGCUCCAAGCCUUCCACCAUCUGCUCCCAGCCUGGCUGGCUCCUGCAGAUCCCAGAAAUCCCUGCUGGGUUUUUGGAGGGAACACCCCGGGCUGGGAUGGAGGCGUUGGCAGCACCUGGGAUGGCCCAGGGGAUGUUGGUGUGGCUGAUCAGUGCUGGGGAUGCUCUGAACACACUUGGAGGCUUUCUUGGUGGAGAAAAGGGAAUUUUCUGCCAAAAAAAAGAAAAAAUAGCAUUCCCAGCCUGGGAAUUCCCUCCUGCCUCAGGAUUUGUGGGGCAGUCACAGCCCCAUGGUUGCUCUACCCUGAGCUGGAUUGUCCUGGGAGCCUGGACAUCAGCCUGUCUCCUUGGGAGUGGGGAAGGGAUUGGGAAUGGUGUCCCUGCUCUGGGUUUCCCUCUGUCCCUGCCCUGGGUUUCCCUCUGUCCCUGCCCUGGGUUUCCCUCUGUCCCUGCCCUGGGUUUCCCUCUGUCCCUGCCCUGGGUUUCCCUCCCUGGGCUCUCACAGCACCUUGCAAAGCGAGCAGUGUCCAGGGCUAAUCCCUGCAAAGCAAAAUCCACAUUUUUUGCUCUGCUCCUGGCUCUGAGCAGCCCAGGGCUGGAAUUGUGGGGACAGCCCCUCUGCCCUCCCCAUCCUGUGCUGGCCCCGGAGCCUCCUGAGCCAUCCCAUAACGUCCUGUCCCCGCUGACCCUGCAGCACUGGGAGCUGCUGGUCCUGGAGAAGCUCAAGUGGGACCUGGUGUCGGUGAUUGCCAACGAUUUCCUGCCUCACAUCCUGCACCGGCUGCCGCUGCCCGCCGACAAGGCGGAGCUGGUGAAGAAACACGCGCAGACCUUCAUCGCCCUCUGUGCCACAGACUACACCUUUGUGAUGUACCCCCCGUCCAUGAUCGCCACGGGCAGCAUCGGCGCCGCCAUCCACGGCCUGAGCCUCUCCCUCAACGGCUUCAGCGGCGAGGCCAUCACGGAGCUGCUGGCCGGGAUCACGGGCACGGAGGUGGUGAGUGGACACCGGGAAUUCCAGCUGCUGGGAACCUCCCUUCUUCAGAUUUUCCAUGGAGGGUGGGACUGGGGAGGGUGUGGAGUCUCUGACCUGGAUGUGUCCCUGUGUCACCUGCUGCGGGUGGCCCCGAGGAGGGAGAGCCUGGGAUGGACUGGCCGUGGUGAUGGGCAGCCAGGCACAGGGAUGGGCUCCAGAGGGCCCUUCCAGCCCCAGCUCCUCUGGGAUUCGGUGGAAUUGCGCUGCCCAGAGUGGUUUGAGGAGAAGCAAGGGCUGUGGGAUGAUCCCAAACACAGCCCUGGGCAGGGCGGGCUGGGCUCGGAGCCUUUGAAAUGGCACACAAAGGGCAGGAUCUGUUCCCGGCCGGGCAGGUGGUGACAGGAUCGGGUUCUCCGCCUGCGAUGGGGACAGGGACACGUCGGGCUCGGCAUCUGCUCCCCUCAGUGUCCGGUUGCAGGUGCCCUGGCUGGGGAGGGGAAGGGGGGCUGGGACAUGAAACAUUCCAGGUUUAGGGACAUCAGGAUGGGGGGGUUCUCCAGCCCCUCUGCCGCCCUUGGAGCAGGGACAGGGAUCCCACUGGGCUCUCCAGGUCACUCCAAUCGGGAGCUUUUCCUCUCCCCUUUGAUCUCCCCCCUGCCCAGGUCAGUUACAGGAGCUGGAUCAGGGGUGGGGGUGGCUGCCACGGGGCUUUGUCCGGGCGGGAGGCUCCCGAUCCAUUUGUGCAGAUGGAAUUUUUUUGUUCUCCUUUUUAAAGAGAGAAAUCAGUGCAGCCACCUGCUCCCAACCUGCUCCACGAGGUCGGGGCUGUGCAGGGAACAGGUGGGAAGCAGGGAGGGUUCUGUGGAGGGAGAGGAGCUGAAAUGGAGCCCAGCACACUCCU